AUGCCCGGCCAUAUCCCGCCUGGGAGACGACAGGCUGAGCAGUAUCAUCACUAUCAGUAUCCGCAGGCCGCCCAUUCACCUGUCCACAACCCCUAUGCGCAGUACCACUACCCGCAGCAAUAUGGCCCCCCUCACGGCUACCCCCAGCACAUGCAGCACAUGCAGCAGCAAUGGUACUACCAGCAACCGCCGCCGCCACCACCACCGCAGCAGUAUGUCAUGCCUCCGCGCCAGUUCCAACCUCAUGCUUCGCCCGUCGUAGUCUCUUCGCACCUGCAUAUGGCUCCUCCGGUUAACCGCUCGAUGGGCCAAACGCCACCGAUUGUCCAUUCACACACUCCGCCUGUGCCACGGAUGCAGACACCCCAACCAGCACCGUCUACGCUCUCUGUUCAUUCACACACACAGCCAUCCAUCUCGACCCCUCCCUCAAAUGACACGGUAGCUACACCGCCGCCCCCAAUUAUCGAAUCCAAGUCUGCCACCAGUGUCCCUUCGUCCCCUCCCUCUACCUCCUUCAAGCCUUUCUACCCGUCCCUCCCUUGGCUCUCAGUCCCCGACACAGAAUUUCCUGCUCGAGUAUCGAGGCGGCGGCGGCGACGGAGGGCUCCCGUGUCUACUGACGAGGAGGGCCUGGCUCUGCCCUCGCGUGAGCAAGUCGUCGAGGAGGGGGAGGAUCGCGAGCAGGAUAGAGAUGGCACAUUGACUCCAACCGAGGAGCCAGCCGAAUCACAGGCAUCGACCAUUGCAGUCCAGUCGGACGCUGAGGUUGAGACCCCGUCGACCUCUCACCCGCCAUCCGAGGUUGACUUGGUCCACGCUGCGAUAGCAUCCGCCACUCCAGCACCUGCUCAGCUAGCCGCGACUGUGCAUGCAACGAAGCACACUCGUACUACUACCAAGCCGGCUGUACCCCUCAUUCCCAUCAAGUCAAGCAAGACGCCAAGUGCUGCGUCCACGACACAGAAGUCGGUUAAAUCACCUGCGACUACGCAGCCAGAAUCUGCCAGCGUCGACGCGGCUCCUCUCUCGGAAGUGAAUGGGACUGUGGAGGAGACACCCAAAGCAUCACCGCCCAAGUCAGUAGCACCCAAAUCUUGGGCAGAGCUUCUGAGGGCAAAGAAUGCCCCCGCUGCAUCACAAGCUCCUUCUCCAUCCAACGGUAUUGUCGCUACUCCUGUCAGCGGGCCAACAGUCGCCAAGAGCAACACGCUUGCUGAUGUUUUGGCUUCUUUCUCUGUUGAUGCUAACAAGAAGGUUGCCUUCAUCGAGCCACGCGGUCUUGUAAAUACAGGCAAUCUGUGUUAUAUGAAUUCUAUUCUGCAAGUUCUUCUUUUCUGCGCUCCUUUUUACGACUUUCUGGAUCAAGUUGCGAAGCGCGCUGCACAUAGCUUCAAGUCUGAGACACCUCUCGUCGAUGCAAUGAUCAUGUUCAUGCGCGACUUCAAGUUGAUUGAUUCGGCGGCUUCUGUUGACCAGCUACGACUACGCUUGAAAGACAAUGAGCUGGAACAAUAUGGCGAUCCGCUAACACCGGAAUAUGUAUAUGAUGUGAUCAAGCGCCUGCCUCGUUUCGAUAACAUGAAGCGAGGACAGCAAGAAGAUGCUGAAGAAUUCUUGGGAUUCUUGCUAGCUGGGCUACACGACGAAUGUGCACAGCUCAUCAAGAAAGACCGACAGAAUCAGAGUCAAGAGCCUUUGGCGUCAGCCACAGGCGAGCAGCCAGGCUCCGGGGAAAGCGGAUGGCACGAAGUGGGCCCCAAGCAAAAGACCGCCGUUACUCAGUCAUCAGGCACCAUCGAGUUCGAAACGCCAAUCACCAAAAUCUUCGGUGGUAAGCUGAGGUCCGAGUACAAGAAGCCGGGCGAGAAGCCUUCGGUCACCUUGGAGCCAUACCAGCCGCUUCAGCUGGACAUUGGCGAGCCUCACAUUAACAACAUUUCGGAUGCGCUGAAGAACUUAACUCGUCUUGAGACAUUGGACGGCGCUGCCCGCGGUGCGCGUGCUUCGACCAAGCAGGUGCACAUUGAGACUCUACCGCCGGUACUGAUUCUUCAUUUGAAGCGUUUUCACUACGAUGAAAAGGGACCACAGAAGAUCUGGAAGAAGAUCGGGUACCCGCUAGAGCUGGAGCUUCCCAAGGAGGUGUUCGCCCAACAUAAACGGGCAAGCUUUCAGAAACAAGGCGGAUUCCCACGCUAUAGGCUUACGGGUGUUGUCUACCAUCAUGGCAAGAACGCAAGCGGAGGGCACUACACUGUGGACCUUCGCAGACAAGAGGGCAAAGAGUGGAUCCGCAUGGAUGACACCAUUAUUCAGCGGAUUCGCGCAGAAGACGUUGCAGAGGGGGGCGCCGAGGAAGAUCCCAAGGUGCUCGCAGCUGCGCUUGAGCAACACAAGAACGAUGCUGGCAAGAGCAAGAACUUUUUUGCACAGAUCGACAUGGAUGAGGAGGAGACGGGCAAGGGAGCGUGGAGUCAGGUCAAUGGCACAGAGAAGCAGAAGGACAGCACCAAGAAGUGGACUGGUGUUGUCAACGGAACAGCGACCCCCAACUCGACCGGCAAGAGAACGCCGCUACCGAAAGAAAACGUGCGUGACAACAAGGUGGCCUACAUUUUGUUCUACCAGCGCAUCGAGAGCUGA